CGCAACGUGAGACGUACCGACAGUCGAGUGACAGGAACAGUGUGAUAAUCCAAGAGUGUCUCGUCCCCAUGAACAACUUGAACGACCCACCGAGAUGGAACAUUCUACCAGACGAGAGGGGAGGUGGGGACGGUAACAAGUGGAAUUAUGCCCUUCUCGUGCCAAUGCUUCUCCUGGCGGCCUUUCGAUCGAUCUGGACCAAAGAGUCGCAGCGGGAGAUCCGGGAGGCUAAAGUCAAGUAUGACGAAGACCUGAAGGCCGUCACCAAAGACCUGGAGAGGAAGUACCGAGAAAGCCUGGCCGAAAGCCGGAGGACGGCCGCGCACGUGGAACUGGAGUUGGAAAAGGAGCGUCAGCGCGUGCAGGGCUACCGGCAGGCCCUGCAGUCGCAGAGCCAGCAGCUCCUGGAGGAGCGCAAGCAAAUGCAGCGGGAGCGCGAGGCCCUGGAAGAGGAGAAGGGGGAGCUCGCGCGGUACGGCGCCGCCGGCGCGCUCUUCAGUCGCGCGCUGGAUAGGGAGACUGAGUGGCAGUCGAAGGCCAUGGCGGUGCUGCGGGAGUUCGAGACGGGGCUCGUCGAGAGGCAGAGGGUCUUCUGCAGUGUCCUGCUUCCCCGGGACCGGCGGCUGGAGAUGGAGAAGAACCUGUUAGUCCGGGCGGCUAAGGAGCCGCUGGCCGCCGAACUAAACAUGGAGUCCGGCCUCAAGGACAUCUUCAAAAACGACCGGCACUGCGCAGAUGUUCUGAACACGGACCAGCGCAAGAACGGCAGCCUGAUGUGGCUCUACCUCAGGUACUGGGAGCUGCAGGUCGCGCUGCAGAAACACAAGAGGGCGCUGGAGUCUCUGCAGCCGAAGCUUAAGUGACCUUAACCGGCAGACGGUGUGGAAAAUGUAAAGCUGCUUCAGGCGCAAGUACAUGGGAAAAAGAGACAGUGGGCGUGGUAAAACCUACUAACUUAAACUGUAACUCUGUUUUUGAGAUGCUGACAAAUGAUAAGCCUACAUUUUCUUAUCAACAGCUGGUGUUAUCAGUACUUGAUGAUAACAAAAGUCAUUUGCACUGGUGAGAAUGGUAGUGGUUUAAAACCUUUAUACACUAAGACUGUAGGGGAACUCACAAACCUACAUCACAAUGAACUUUUUUGUGUAGUUUAUUUUGUGUAGUUAGCCCAGUUAGUCAAAAUGGAAGAUCAAAAUUUCCCUAAAGGGUUAUGUCAACAAGGAAUGUUUUUUAGGAAUGAGGGAAUAAGUAACAAUACAAUUUGUGGCAACUGGAGUGGAGCACUGCAUUCUGGGCUUUGCAGGAGGGUUAGCCUUAUGUCAGGUAUGAACCUACAGAAGGAGUUUAAAUUAGAAGGUGCUUAUAAAUGUAGAGCAUAGUAGUUUAAUACGAGUACCUACAAUGGUAAAGGGUAAUAAUUACAUUAAAAACUGAAAUUUAUGAUGACAUUAUCCUUUAAAAUUGUUUAGCGUUUGGAUACCAGGAUACCCAUGUGCCAUUGUGACCACUAGAUGUCACUGCUUUGUGAAAGUUUGCCACUCUUUAAGUCCACUUCAUAGAGGAUACCUUUAUGAAGAUACUAUGAGAGGCUUACAAAUAUUAUCAGUUUACCUUGUGUUUCAGGUCUCUCUUAACUUGACAAUCACAUGCAAGCAUGCCUGCGGCCACAGAUUCCGGUCUAGAAAAUGUUUUUCCACUGAUUAAGAGGACUAUGCAAUGUUUUUUACAAUAUGUUUUUGAA